AUGUCUGAUGAAGAUUUGGAUUUUUAUACCCUCGCAAAAGAGGAAGUCCUUUCAAAUGAUGAAACUUCAUACAGUAUUUAUGAAGAAUUGGAUAGAGUCGUUGAAAGCUCAAAUGUUAAAUCGGGUGAACAGGUUGAUAAAAAAUAUUGUGCUGCUACAUUUAAUUCAGAUGAUGUCAAUAGAGACGAGUACAAGCUUUGCGAAAAAUUUGAAAGAAAUCUAAGAAAAAUAUCUAAAAUGAAGGAUGAAAGAACCCGUAAGGAUAUGUGUUUACAUUUUAUUUACUGGAUUUAUGAAGAAGCAAGGAAAAUAAUUAAUAAAGGAAAUCAAAAAUUUACAAAUGCAGACUUUAUAUCUAAAUUUCGCGAUGUGCAAACGAAGAUCUAUGAAGAAGGUAAGAAAGAAUAUUACUGCAAAAUUUAUUUUGAUGAUACUUUGGAUAAAUGGAAAGAACAGAAAGUCCUGCACGAUUAUUUUAGAAAUUAUGAUAAAAUUAAAUUCAAAGAUUCAUCCAGUAAAGAUAAAUGCCAAAAGUAUAAUCGAUAUAUUGACUUUAUAAGAAAAAUAUAUGACAAGCAUGUAAAGGAGGAAGAAUGCUGCAAUAAUUAUCAUAUCCAUUAUUGGGACUACUGUGACUAUUUUAAAUGCCACGAUAUCUAUAAUCCUAAUAAAAUUAUACUUAAAAGAGACUGUGAUAAUAAGAAAGCUAGGGAUGACCCGGAAGUGGAACGUUUCGCCAAAAGCAUUAAACAAGUAGACUCUAAAAUAUUUCCAUUAGAAAAUAGCAUGAUUGUAAAGCCUGCAAGGUGUGUCAAAACUUAUAAUGCAACCAAUGAGCACGAAGGUUAUAGCUGUUUGCUUCCAGAGUACACAGAACAAUCAGAAGAAAAUACUUCACAUAGAGAUUCUCCUAAAAAAGUCAAUUUAGGCAAGUAUAUAUCUGUAAUUGACAUGUCAUCCUACAAAAAAGUUUCAGAAAUAAAAAUUCAGAAUAAUAAAAAUCAGCGUAAUUCUGACAGGCCAACAUCAGAAAUGAUGACUCUUUUUACUGAAGUACCACGGGAAGUACGUAAGGCAUACAGAAAGAAGAAAUAUCUUGAAUGCCCAUAUGAAACAAAUGGAAAUGGAAAGAAUGUACUAUGCAAGAUACGAGAUAAUCCAAUCCAUGAAGAGCCAGAACGAAUACCUCUUAUAACAACUGUGAAAGGGAGUAUUUAUGAUAGUGACCUAGGAAUGGAAGCAGAUGUGUUGGAGAACAACUAUACAAGGAUAGCUGUGGUAUUUAUACUAGCGCUGGGAGCAUUGUUGAUUUUUUUUAUUUACUAUAAGUUUACCCCAUUUGGAUCCUGGAUAAGAAAUAGAAGGAGGGGAAAAAAGAAUGUUGAAGAAACUUAUAUUAAGCACAAGCAGAGAUUACCAUAUCGAGAAUUUGAACAUGAGGAAGUACCUACUCAAAGGAAGCGGAUACGCGUAGCUUACCAAGGGGCGUGA